AUACAGGACCCCGGGUCCCCCACGACUUUCAAGCCUGGACGCUAGUUAGCCUACGUCACACAUUGUAUUUGGAAUGCAAUGAUGACGAGCGCGGUUGAAGGCCUGUGACAAACGCAGGAUCCAUGAGAAAAUUAGUAUGAAGAUGACACAGAACGCUUCGGGAUUGUAAGAAACCUGACAUGUCCGGUCCGACUUGGUUGCCUCCAAGAACCCUGGGUAGCCCAGAGAGAGCCGUCACCCAGAUGUCUCAUUCUGGACCAGCCAUUUACAGACCGUCACCCAAGAAUGUUCCUUCAGACCCCCGCUCCAAAUAUGGGGUCUAUGAGCAGAACGGGGGUGGGGCAGUAAUGGCCACUAGGUUCAUUGCUACUGGACCCACAGGUGGGCCCAUUCAGCACCAAGAGGACCCAGGGUUCCAUCAGAAACCUAAUGACCAUUAUUACCAACCACCCCCUCCACACGGCUCCAAAGAAGAGCGCCCCUGGAACGCUCAUAUGGACAGCUAUGAGCUGAUGCAUCGUGGACCUCCAGAGAAUCCGGGUGGGCCUCACUCCAAUAUCGAUGCAGAGAUCGACUCUCUCACCACCAUGUUGGCUGAUCUGGACAGCCAGCCAGAGAACUGUGCGCAGCUGUAUGACAAUGUGCCUUACAACCAGCCCAUCUCAGUGGACCGCAACCGACCCCCAGCCCCAGCCGGAGCAGCCUCUCAGAGCAGGCCGUUCAUGGGUUACCCCCCUCAGUCCCAGUACCAUUCAGCACCUCGAUACCCCAGCGAUGCCUACCAGGGACCCCUGUACUCGCCGCAGCCGGAAAGCACCUACGCCCAGGUCUCUAAAGCCUACCCACCGCCGGAAAGCACCUACGCCCAGGUCUCCAAAGCCUACCCACCGCCGGAAAGCACCUACGCCCAGGUCUCCAAAGCCUACCCACCGUCGGACAGCAACUACGCCCAGGUCUCCAAAGCCUACCCACCGUCGGACAGCAACUACGCCCAGGUCUCCAAAGCCUACCCACCUCCAAACAGCAACUACGCCCAGGUCUCCAAAGCCUACCCCCCACCAAACAGCAACUACACCCAGGUCUCCAAAGCCUACCCCCCACCAAACAGCAACUACGCCCAGGUCCCCAAGGCCUACCCACAGCCAGACACCACCUAUGCCCAGGUAUCCAAACUCCACCCCCAACCAGACAACACCUACGCCCAGGUCUCCAAACCCUACCCCCAGCCUGUCCCUGCUUCAUACACCACUGCCUCCACCCCUACCGGCCCGAGGUUCAGCGUCCAGGUCAAAACCGCCCAGCCGGUCACCUACUCCCAGACUGGUCGGCAGGCCGAGCAGGCCUACACCCCUCCCACUCCCCGCCAGCACGCCUCGCGACCCCUGCCCCAGAACCAGGCAGACCCCCAGUGCUGGUACCCUCCACAUAACAUGUCCCAAGCCCAGGAGACUCACUCCGAGGUGGGUUACAAGGGAGGUGCCACAGGGUCUGGAGGGAGAGUCAGUCAGGGCCCCAUGCCCAAAAGAGGCCAGGAGAUUCACCAGUCUGGUUCAGGAUUGGCCCCAAACUCUGCCUAUCAGCCCGGUAAGCAGGGGUCAGUAGGUCCGAGGCAGGAGGAAGAGCUGGACCGGCUCACCAAGAAGUUGGUCUAUGACAUGAAUCAUCCCCCUACAGAGGAAUACUUCGGUCGUUGUGCCCGCUGCGGCGACAACGUCCUCGGCGACGGCAGCGGCUGUAUCGCCAUGGAGCAGGUGUUCCACGUGGAGUGCUUCACCUGCAUCACCUGCCACGCCCGUCUCCGUGGGCAACCCUUCUACGCCCUGGACAAGAAGAGCUACUGCGAGAGCUGUUACAUCAGUACCCUCGAGCGUUGCUCCAAGUGCUCGAAGCCCAUCCUGGACCGUAUCCUGCGCGCUAUGGGCAAGGCCUACCACCCGCGCUGCUUCACCUGCGUGGUGUGUGACUGCUGCCUGGAUGGCGUGCCCUUCACUGUGGACGCCACCUCCCAGAUCCACUGCAUAGAUGACUUCCACAGGAAGUUUGCCCCCCGCUGCUCAGUUUGUGGCCAGGCCAUCAUGCCUGAGCCCGGCCAGGAGGAGACAGUCAGGAUAGUGGCACUGGAUCGCAGCUUCCACGUCAACUGUUACGUUUGUGAGGAGUGCGGCCUACUCUUGUCGUCCGAGGGCGAGGGGCGAGGCUGUUACCCCCUGGACGGUCACAUCCUCUGUAAGGGCUGCAGUGCUCGGCGCAUUCAGGACCUCUCUGCCAAAAUCUCCACUGACUGCUAGUGGUGCCUGACGUUUGACCCAUCCUUCCCCCUCCAUUAAGUUGACCUGAAGAACAGAUCUGGGAUCAGUUCUACCCCAUCUCAAACGUUUGACUGACUUGACCAGUGUCUUUCUGCGACGUUAUCCCCUUUCACGUUUCUCCAUUCUUCAAAAUGCCCCAAACUGUGUGGAGUCUGUUUUAGUUGGCCUGUUAUUGCUGCAACCUCAAACUGUCCAACGUGUCUGUGUUUCUACCUGGGUACUUGCAGAAUGUUCUAUCCAUUAUGUAUUCAUCCUUAUCUUCUGUUUAACACUCUGCUUUCCAUUGUAUCAUCCCCACUAUCUUCUGUUUAACACUCUGCUUUCCAUUGUAUCAUCCCCACUAUCUUCUGUUUAACACUCUGCUUUCCAUUGUAUCAUCCCCACUAUCUUCUUUUUAACACUCUGCUUUCCAUUGUAUCAUCCCCACUAUCUUCUUUUUAACACUCUGCUUUCCAUUGUAUCAUCCCCACUAUCUUCUGUUUAACACUCUGCUUUCCAUUGUAUCAUCCCCACUAUCUUCUGUUUAACACUAUGCUUUCCAUUGUAUCAUCCCCACUAUCUUCUGUUUAACACUCUGCUUUCCAUUGUAUCAUCCCCACUAUCUUCUGUUUAACACUCUGCUUUCCAUUGUAUCAUCCCCACUAUCUUCUGUUUAACACUCUGCUUUCCAUUGUAUCAUCCCCACUAUCUUCUGUUUAACACUAUGCUUUCCAUUGUAUCAUCCCCACUAUCUUCUGUUUAACACUAUGCUUUCCCUUGUAUCUUCACCACUGUAGUCUUUCUCUGAGCUGUAGGAGCCUCUGACCUGCGGGCAGCAGGGGCUGAACUACCCACAAAAGAGACUUGGAAGGAGCCCUCCAAUGAAACAAUGAUUGGAUAUUGCUGAUGUUAAGUAGGAAAGAUAGGUUAUUAUAAGAAUUGAGGAGGAGAAUGAUGAUGAGGAAUGCCAUAUCUUUUUGGCUGUAUUUUAACGGACCAGUUUAAUAAUGGGACAUCUAUAUUUUUUUAUGUAUGCUAAAUAAUAGUGUUAAGCUUCCAGAAACGGGUGCACAUGAGGAUAUGGUGUCUGUGACUGUGUAUAUUGCAGGGCGUUUGGUUAUGGCAUGGAUGUGUUUGGAUGUCUUUCAUUAGAGAGCCAGUAGCUGCAGCUGGUGGUGCAGUGGAUUGAAUAUUGGUUUGAGAGAGAACACUGUACAAAGACAGGACCAGUGAGAACAAGACCACUGAAGCUAAAUGCUGCCAUCUCCUUGGGUGUUAAUACAUUUAGACUGGUGAGACAAAGAUCGCUGAAGCCAAAUGCUUUCCCGUUGGAUGUUUUUAUAUCAGCCCUUGUUAAAUUGUGAUGAUAGCUCGGCACGCUGUUUCUCCUGUCAGAACAUAAGAUCGAUGUUCUAUACGAAGCGAUUUAUACAGUGAAAAUUGGUACUGCAAUACAAAGAAUGUUACUUAUAUACCAGUCAAAACUUCAAACCCUAACAACAAACUUUGAAUGCGCUUACAAUGUAUUACAUUCUUUCUUUCUUUUUUUUUUAUAUGUUGUUUGGAUUGAUACUUGACUGUUACAAGGAAGAUGAAGAAGGUGCAAUGAAGUCUACUGCCUGCCAGUGUCUUAGUAAGAAAGGUCCUCUUGUGUACUUUAUGGGUUUGGUUUGAAGCCAGGGGUUUGAUGUGUGUUGCUAGUCCUCAUCCUAAGACCACUAUCCUCCAUGAAUCAGCCACUCUGAGACAUGUUAUCCACUUAUUCUUUUUAUGUAAUUGUGUUUCUCUGCCCCACUGUCUUUGUUUUUGUAAAGUAAAUACUGCUCAUAUUGUCUUGAAUGCUUUGAGCUCUCCAACCAGGGAUUGUCAUGGACAGGAGCCUGAGUUCCUGUGCUUAAUGAAUAAGUACUCAAAGGCAUUGUUGAGAUCUGUAGCUAAUACAAACAUUAUGAACACCCAAAAUACCAGUCCAUAUUUCAGUCUAAGUUCAGCACUGCCUCUUACUCUAAGUUCCUGAACUACCACUUGCAUUGUUUUGUUUUUCCAGAGUAGAAUAGUGUUUUGUUACAGUACUUGAUCCUUCUCUGAGAAAUCUGAGCACAAUGAUAUGAAGUUCUGUGUUGAGCCUUGUGAGUUGCAUUUCCUAUUCUGUUUAUUUAUUUCAUGUUGUAUUCAUUGUUGCUAAGUCCAUGUUUACCUGCUAUAUUGAGUUUUUGUCAUUUUGUUUUUACUGUGUUAAAUGUAUGUUUUAUGUUCUACAGUAUCACACCGAAGUAGUAGAAAAUGUCAAUGCAAGAGAGGUUUUGCCAAUUAUUACACACUUUUUUCCCCCUUAGUGCAGUCUGUAGCUAAACCUUUCAAAUGUGUGGUCUUGAUGGCCAGCAAAAACUGUUGAUGACAAGUUGACCCAUGUAAUCCGUUGUUUCAAGGGCUUUUGUACUGCCAAAUAAUGUUCUGUCCUUGUGAGGUGUACAGGCCGUGAAUGCUUUUAUACUGAGCAGGGGGUUGGUUCAGUUUGAGUAGAUGCGUGAAUGGGUGUGUGCGUUUGCUUUUCCUCUAAUGCCGUAUGUAGUAGGCAUGAUAGAUACAAUAAACCAUCCCUUUUUUUUCA